AUGCUCGAUAUGAGUCUUUUGGAUGUGCGCAAGCUCCUUGAACGCAAUGAUAAUAUUUAUAUGGGAGAAAAUAUGAAAUUUCUCACAUUUAAAAACCAUCAAAUUCUUUUCGAAGAUGAAGACAAUUAUAAGAUAUCUAAAAUUAUUGACCGAGACAAUUGCAUCCAUAUCCGCAAAGACCCAUCAAAACCAAGUUUUUUCCAAUUUGUCAAUAAACAUAGUCUUAUUCGUGGACGUUAUUUUUCACCUGACGGUAUGGAGGUUAAAAUCGCACAGCAAGAUGCAUUUGAAUUCAAACCACGUGGUAAAAUUCCUCGAUUGAAAAUUUUGAAUAAUGCACGCCUGAAUUUUUAUUCAGAAACAUGUGAAGAAGAAGCCGAGAAGAUAUUCGCAAAGCAUUUUAUUUCGAAAGCCAAUGCGUCAGUUUUUUUGGCGCCUUAUUCAUUUAAAUUGGGUAUUAAUUUUGAAAAAUUUUAUAAUAAGAAGCAACAAGCGUCUGGUUCCUAUGAAUUUACAGGUGUCAAGUGUGAGAAAUGUAGUGCAACCAUAUUACCGGAUGAAAUUGAACCAACUAAAGAAUUUAAAGACGCCGUUAAUAAAGCCCUGGAUCAAGAAACCGAUGAAUUAAGAUUGAAUGAAAUUAAUAAAUUGUCUGAGAAAUUUGGUGAUUUUUUUCCUUUGGAAACUGAAUUUGGCGGUAUUAUUCAAUAUCAAAUGGAUUCUAAUAACAAUAUUUCUAUUAAUUCUAAGAAAAUUCAAUUUGGAUCAGAUGUGCAAGAUUCCACUCUGUCUUAUAAUUCUGAAAGCAACUUAUCGGCAUCCAAAUCUUGUACUAAUAAAGAUUAUGUCAUUAUUGGCGGUGAUGAACAUGAAUGCAAGAAUUUAAAUAUCGAAAAUGUUGGCAAUCAAGAAAAUUGGUUGAAAUCAUUGCGUGAUCAUGACAAAUGGGGACUUAUCAAUUACUCAAAAAUUGUAUCUGUCUACGAAUUAUUAGAAGAUGAAUUAAAAAUGAAGUUAUUUAGAGUACUCGGACAGAGAGUGCUUCAUUUCGAUACUAUUGAAGUAACUUUUGAUGAGAAGAAUAUUAUGAAAUGCAAAGAGCAUGAAAUAAUCAUUCCUACUGACAUACUUGUAAAUAUGAAGAAAAAUAAAGAGACUUAUCAAAUAUAUGCAACGAUUUUACAUUCUAAAGAAGACAUAUGUGAAGUUUUUUCUGUUCAUGUAGAAUAUUUUUCUUUAGCCAAUCCAUACUUAGUGAUACAAUGUAUUAAGGAAGGAAAGUCAGAAAGGAAAUUUGAAUGCGUUGUGAAAGUUGCAUGGAUGAUUGUUGGGUUUCCCUUAAAUUUUAAUUUCAAACCUUCUUUAUUUAAAUUAAAGAGUUAUACCUUAACAAAUCCAAGUCAAAAAUUUUAUAACCAUUCAAAGUAUAAUGAUCAUAAUGAUGAAAAUUCUGGUCAAAAUUUUUCCGAGAUAUUUAAAUCACAUCAUAGUAGAACUUAUUGUCUCCUCGAAACAUGUGCAUUUCGGCCUAAUGAUGAAAACGAGGAAAUUGCUUCUGGAAUCGUUACUGGAUGUUACUUUUGCAAAAUUGAUAAUCGAAGCUGGAAACCAUGUUGUUAUGUAUUUGAUUUGAAUGAAAAAAAACAAGUAGAUUUCUGUCAAAUAAAACAAUUAGAAAUCUAUUGGAGCAUCAUUACAGAAAAUCCUCAUGCGCUAGUUGGACCUGAGGAAAUAGAAUGGAAGAAGUGGAAGAAGAAUAAGGACAAACAUACAAUAUAUAAAGGUCAAGAAUGGUGUAAAUUUGCAAAUGAAGAUGAACAAAAAUUAAUAUUUGCAAGCUUUUUGUAUGAUAAAAGUGAUUCUACUGAUCAAUGUUCACCUGUAUUUGUAAAUAUUAAUCCUAAAUAUCCUUUAAUGCUUUCAUUCAAAGAACAGGAUAAAACGAGUCACAUUUCUUAUCUUGUCGCAGAUUUUGAAAAUGUUUACAAAAAAUUAUCAUAA